GGGCUGAUGCUGCCAGGACAUCUAGUGGCACACAUACGAACUGCCCAGAGAAAGAACAUUACUAGAAAAACAGAUUUUUUUUUUUUUUCAUGCUUCCAGAUAUUUCCUGGUAUGAGUCCAGGUUUCUUUGGCUGUUGGUGAGAUUUCUCUGUUUGUUUUUUCACCUAAGAAUAUACAAGGAGGAAAUGAAAUUGUGGGAAAAAAUGUAGAGGGACAUCUGAAUCAUCUCUCUAAAUAAAGAUGGGAUAUACUACAGAAUCUUGAUAAAAUAAAAGGUCAAGGCCAUUGAUUUUUCUCUCCCUUUUCACCCUCACUUGCCAGCCCAGUUGUUUAUCUGUCUCUAGACAACAGAACUUGUACAGCUGUUACUCCACACACUGAAAGGGAAAAUCAGAAUGUCUGAGUUUUGGGGAGCUGAAAACAUAAGGCUCCUCACUGAAUAAUUAGAUUUAUUGACAUUGAUGGCUUCCCAUUGCAUAGUCUUUCAAUUUUUAUAUUUUUUAAGCAAUGUGUCAGCCAAAAAGCCAUUUUAAUUGCCCUUAUUCAUGUUCACUUUUCUUCUUAUGUUACUCUAAUUUUGAGCAACAAGUGAUGGAAACCAGGCCCAAUCUGCUUUUUGUUUUAUUUGUAAAUGUGACUACAACUACUAGUUUAAAUAGGUACAAAAUAGUUUAAAUAGGUGCAAAACAAAUACCUGUAAAGCAGCAGAAAUCCCUUUGUUUGUUACAUAUUUUUCUGGCUAUAUUCAAAAUCAAUACUUUAACCCUGGCUUUAAAUAGAAAGGCAAUUUUCCUGUUGUUUGGACUACCUGAUGUUCAGACGUCUGCUGUUGCCAUAGCUCCCAGGAAGAAGCUGGAACUUGCUGGUAGAUCCACGGCUGAGCUGGAAACAGCCACUUCACCCCUCCCUGUAAACAACCAUCCCACAUCUCCCUGUGGACGAUGCUGCAGGGCUGAGGUAGGAAGAGCUUCAAUCUUUUUUGGGGUUUUUUUUCCUUUUGGUGUCACCCCACAGAGGCUGGUCCGAGGGAGGCUCAGGGGGGUUUUUUUGGCCCCCUCUGAGCCCCAUGGCCACGGGGGGACCCAGCACCCACGGGGGGACCCCUCAGCCAAGGGGGUGCCGGGGCUGAGGAGGGACCCAGCGCGGCCUGGCUGCUGCCAUGGCCCUCACGGAGGGGCUGAUCCGGCCUGGGGGGCACCGUGGGGAGCAGCCCGUGGGCAGGGGCAGCCCAGCAGAGCCCGGCAGGACCUCAGGGGGAGAGAAAAGGGCGGGAAGUGUUUUCCCCGUGGGGAAAGGCUGAGGGAGAUGGGGGUGCUCAGCCUGGAGAAGGAUGUGUGGAGACCUCACAGCAUCUGCCAGGAGCUGAAGGGGCUAAAGAAGCCGGAGAGGGACUGUUCGGCAGGAACUGUAGCGACAGGAGAAAGGGGAGUGGGUUCACGCUGAAAAAGGGAAAAUUCGGGGCUGAAUAUUGGGAGGAAAUUCUUCCUUGGGAGGGUGGUGAUGCUCUGGCACAGAUCGCUCAGAGAAGGUGAGGCUGCUCCCCGGGAAGCGUUCACGGCCGGGUUGGACGGGUUUUGGGGGCACCCUGGCGCAGCGGGAGGUGUCCCUGCCCGGGCAGGGGGUGGCGCUGGCUGAGCCCUGAGCGCCCCCCAUCCCCAACCCCUCCAUGACUCCCUGACAGGAGCCGGCCCCGCCCACCGCGGUCACGUGACGCGCCCCGCCCGACACGUGACUCGCCUGACCCGGAAGUGGCGCGCGGGGGACGCUGACGCUGGAACAAAGAUGGCGGCCCGCGGCGCUGGGGCCGUGCUGGGGCUGCUGCUGCUGCUGCUGCUCCGCGCGGGCCCGGCCCGCGCCCGCGUCCAUCACCUCACCCUCAAAGAUGAUGUGAGGCAGAAAGUGCACCUGAAUACCUUUGGCUUCUUCAAGGAUGGUUUCAUGAGAGUGAAUGUCAGCAGCCUUUCCUUGAAGCCAGAACCAAGCCCUGAUGACAUGGACAGUUUAUCAGUGGGGUUCAGCUUGGAUCGAACAAGGAAUGAUGGUUUCUCCACUUACCUGGAUGAAGAAGUGGAUUACUGUAUCCUGAAGAAAACUCCAGAGCCAGAUGUCUCUGUUGUAAUCUUACUUCUGGACAUCCGAAAUGAAGUUGUGAAAGUACGGUUCUCUUCAGAAGCUGCUUCUUUGUUACCUAAAAUUUUAUUUGUAUCUGAGGAAAAUGGUACUGCCUUAAAUACCAAGCUGCUAAAAACUUCUGAACUGAGCAGUGAUUCUGAUAAAAAUCCUCCAAAGACCAAUGAAAAUCCAGAUGACAAAGAUAAGAAGUCCAAACGAAGUACAACAUCCUCCCAGAGCAUGGUAGAACAAGAACAUCCUGUACGCCGUGUCAAAAAAACUUUUUCAUUUCAGUUCUUUUUUAACAUCAGCUCGGAUAAACAAGAAGGUCUCUACAGCCUGUAUUUCCAUAAGUGUGUUGGCAAGAAAGGGCCAGCUAAUGAUCAGCUGCUGUUUAGUCUUGAUAUAGAUAUUACGGAAAAGAAUCCUGAAAGCUACCUCUCAGCAGGUGAAAUCCCUCUGCCAAAACUUUACAUUUCCAUGGCUCUCUUCUUUUUCCUGUCUGGGACUGUAUGGAUCCACAUCCUUCGUAAACGCAGAAAUGAUGUCUUUAAGAUCCACUGGCUCAUGGCAGCCCUUCCUUUCACCAAAUCCUUGUCUUUAGUCUUCCAUGCGAUCGACUAUCACUACAUCUCUUCUCAGGGAUUCCCCAUUGAAGGCUGGGCUGUUGUUUAUUACAUCACUCACCUACUGAAGGGAGCUCUUCUGUUCAUCACUAUUGCCCUCAUUGGCACAGGCUGGGCUUUCAUUAAACACAUCCUGUCAGAUAAAGACAAAAAAAUUUUCAUGAUUGUCAUCCCACUUCAGGUACUGGCAAACGUGGCCUACAUUAUCAUAGAGUCAACAGAGGAGGGGACAACUGAGUAUGGACUGUGGAAAGAAAUCCUUUUCCUGGUGGACUUGCUGUGCUGUGGAGCCAUCCUGUUCCCAGUGGUAUGGUCAAUAAGACAUUUGCAAGAGGCUUCAGCAACAGAUGGGAAAGCUGCCAUUAACCUAGCAAAGCUGAAGCUCUUCAGACAUUACUAUGUCAUGAUUGUGUGUUACAUUUACUUCACACGGAUCAUUGCAAUUCUCAUAAAGAUUGCUGUUCCAUUCCAGUGGAAAUGGCUGUACCAGCUGCUGGAUGAAAUGGCCACGCUGGUGUUCUUUGUCCUCACUGGGUACAAGUUCCGUCCAGCAUCAGACAACCCUUACCUACAGCUCUCUCAAGAUGAUGAGGAUGACUUGGAGAUGGAAGCUGUGGUGACAACUUCAGGAGUAAUGGAGGGCAUGAAGAAAGUCAAGAAAGUGGUGAAUGGUUCAGCAGAGCCUCAGGGCGAAUGGGAAAGCACAGCGUGAUGGACUGGACUAAGGCAGCACUUUCAGAGAAACUUUUUUAAUUUAUUAAUAUUACUCUCAGUGGAAAGGGAGCAACUUGCACUCCCCACCACUGAAACUGCAGAGUGGGGUGUGUCUAGGGAGAGCAAAGCAGUGCAGAAAUAUAACUAUUCCUUUGAUCAUAAGAAAAUGGGAUCUCCUGGUACCUGCAAGGAGCGUGAAGCUUUCCUAGGGAUUUUGGGUAGCUUUUUUUCCCCCCUUUUCUGGAUUGGUUCUUUAUUCUGAAUUGUUGUGUUCCUCAGAAUGUGUAAUACUAAUGUGAAGAGGGAUCUUCAGUGUGUAUGUAAAGAAUAUAUUUUAUAUAAUGCUCAUAUAUAUAUACACACACACACACACUUGCUUUGUAACAUGAAUGCUGGGACUUGGAAAGCCUGUCAGAAGGUGGGAAAAGAAGAUAAAGACAUGUAAGUAUUUUUUUUUCCUUUUUAUAAACUCUCCUUUUGGCUUGGAUGGAACAUUGCAAAACAAAUGGAUAGGAACAACUGCAGUUAUUUGAGAGACUGAACGGGUAUUGGAUCAGAUGACUUCUGCCACUGCUCAUGCAAGUGUGAAAGGUGAUAAGUAUCUUCUUGUCUUAUCCCUGCAGGUGUCCACCUGAAUGUGUCAGGUUUUCAGAUGUGUUGCUAUACAGGAAAUGAGUGACUAUUCUCCAUUAAAGCACUAAGCCCAUAGUGCAAUAAGUAUUUAUGUACGUUGUCCACUGUCCCUGGAGUUGCUCUUGACUCACCCCUACCUGACAAGAAGUACACAAGAGGUGUAAGACUGAUGCUUGCUUUUUAGGGGUCUGCCUAAAUGUUUACUUUCAAGCUGUGACCCAGAGCACAUUGGUUUGCUUCAUAAAAUAUUUUCAAGGUAUUUCAAAAGUCACUCCUUUCUGGCACAGUAUAAACAGUACCAGACUCUCCAGUGCAAAUCUGUCUAGGCAUUUUACUGCAGCAUAAAUCUCUGGUUCACAGUUACCCUGAGUUACUGGGCCUCUCUGGCUGUGUAGGAUUAAUAACACUGCUGUUUGAGGUGAGCUGAACUGGUCAAAGUAGUAUUGCCACCAAAAACAGUAACUCCCAGUCCUUUUUUUUUUUUUUUUUUUUUUUUUUUUUUUCUUUUUUUUUUUUUUUUUUUUUGUCAGGAGAGGAGAAGAUUAUGACCAGAACCUUGAUGCAGGGGAAUAUGCAAUCUUUGACUGUUAGCUGCAGAUUUGCAGUGGAGUCUUUACAGACACAUUCCAAAAUGUCACAUGUGUUUUCUCUGUAGUCCCUGGGGCUGUCAGUAGGGCAGUUGUUGUCCAAAGCUGUAGUAGUGAAAAUGGGUGCUCAUCUGGGGGAGGAUGGAAGUGGCUCAGUGGUGGAAUGAGGAUUAGCUUUAACAAAAAUAAAUAAUCUGUAAGUCACUGA